AUGUACGCACCGUGGGAGGAAGCACUCCCUAUGCAAUGCACGGCAGACCAUGCCACUCCAGGUCGGUCGGGAUGGACGAGAAGGGGGAACCUCCAGACCUUUGUUAGCGAUGAUGCGGCUCUGCAAUCCGCCGUCCUCUGGGAUUCCUCGCAUCCUCCCUUCCUCCUGCUUGUCCUCCCUCGUCCGCCUCACUCUCGGCCUCGGUGCUUUCGGUACCCGACCGGAUCGACCCGCGACUUCGUGCUGGGUAGGCGCCAUCCAAGAACAGAUGGAGAAGAAGCCGGUACGAAGUACAACUCUUCCCAUUCCAUGGCACAUGCUCGCAGGACGACACCAAGCGCCGUUGCUGAGACGUGUCGGCUCCCACCGCCUCUUCGUCUGCCCAACACGCUUCGAUUGCAUGCUGUCCAAGGAGAGUCCGUUGGGGCCCACGAGCAGACCUGUCGCCUGCCGACAGAUUCAGCGGUGAACAAGCUCCAGACCGAUGGUUCCAACAUUGAUAAUCAAGAUCAUGACCAGAAGUUGUCUCCGCAAGGGCAAGAGCUUGCCGCGAUGCUGGAACAACCACUGUCGCCGCCAGAAAGCUCGAGGGAAGCCUCCGCAAACCACUCGACCCCGAAAGUCAAGCCACAGUACACCACAUCCGCUUCAUCGGCGCCGAAAACUUCAUCGCCCGUGAAGAGCCCACCUCGGCAGGAUUCAUCCUAUUUCUCAGCACUAGGCGAUAUUGAUGGCGAUGAUGAUGGCUCGACUAUCGAUGCGGACAUCCAAGCGCGACAGGUGAGAGCAAGGGAGCGAGUUUUUAUACUCCGUGGCAGGGUGUCGAGGUCCCGGGAAGCCAAAAGAGACCAAAGGGAUGAGCUACGUCGCCUCCGAGAAGAUGUUAGGGAUGCGACGCAUAAGCUUAUGAACAAGGUCAACGAAAUUGAGGCGUUUGGUCAUAUUGAGGAGACUCUCGCACCAUAUCUUGCGAAACUUCGCGAAGCCCAAGAUGCUCUUGGCCCGGUUGAAGACGCUUACGACCGCUUCGAGGAUAAGCUCGACGACGAGGAACAAGAGCUUGAACAGGAAGAAUAUCAUUUCUACCGCAACUAUGCGGUGCCGCUCCCUUCCAUUCUUGAAUCCGAUCCCAAUCUGGACGCGGAGAUUUCGCCACUUAUCAAGCCGUAUAUUCCGCCAGACACUGAAUUCGAAGGCUCACCAUUGGACAGCGGGCUAGUUGAAGAAUAUCUGGAGGCUGUUGCCAGAGCAGGUCAGAUUGGCGAGCAGUUGGAUAAUCUGGAGGAAGACUAUCACCGGUUUUCUGCAGAUGCCUCUUUCUCCAACCGAUAUGAUCUCCCUGUAUCAGUUAAAGCCAGCCAUGUCCUUAGUGAAUAUCAAGUUAUGCGUGCUGACCUUCUCCAAAACCUCCGCAAGGUUGAGGAUGAGGUGUUUGACCUCCGAGAUCUAUGUCUUGACCAACAACUGUUUUCUAAUCACGAGUAUGUAUACGAGCGACGCGACGCACUCUAUGAAGAAGUGAUGGAUUCUGUAGACGAAGCUCUCGAUCGGUCACCUCUCCGCAUGGCCGCAUAUCAUGCGAACUUCUACGGCCGCGAGCUGGAUUACGAGGAUAAGAGGCAGUAUGUGAAUAAUUGGCUCUUACAAUGGGUUCAGGAUUCCACAUAUGAGUGCCUGGUACUGAAGACGUGGAUCUAUCUGGCAUACCCAGACCUUCCACAGAAGGACAGCGAUUUAGCCGACGACAAAUGGUCCGAGUUGGCGUUGGAGAAUUGGAACAACGACUCCGCGGGUCUUUAUACGAAUGAAUUCUAUAGUGCUAGUAUGUUUGAUGUUAUCACUGGCAACACUGGGAAACUAAACACUACUCUUCUUGGUAUGUCGGGGAUAACCGAUUUCAUGAGUCUAGACGUUGAUCUUGACGCCCUUGAGAGACUCGAGGAUGCCCUUGGUCAUAGCAGGAAUGGUACCCCGACCACCUCAUCAGAUGAUGGAAGCACUCCUAAGAAGAAACGCAUAAAAGUGUAUAAACCCAAGCCACGAAGUGUGCCAUCACUGAAAUUGGCAAAGCCGCUGGAUGAGUUCAAUGCUGCUCACCGGUCCACGUGA